AUGGCCUUUGAGGAGCUCCUGGAUGAAGUUGGUGGCCUGGGAAAAUUCCAGAUCCUUCAGAUGGGUUUAAUUUUUCCUUCCCUCAUGAUAAUAAUUUGUCAAAUACUUUUGGAGAACUUCACUGCGGCCAUUCCUCGUCAUCGUUGCUGGGUCCACAUUCUUGAUAAUGACACUGUCUCUGAUAAUGACACUGGAUUCCUCAGUCCUGAUGUUCUCCUGAGAAUCUCCAUCCCACUGGAUUCAAACUUGAAGCCAGAGAAAUGUCGCCGUUUCCUCCACCCCCAGUGGCAACUCCUUCACCUGAAUGAGACUUUCCCCAACGUGACUGACCUGGACAUGGAGCCCUGUGUGGACGGCUGGGUGUAUGACCACAGCUUGUUCUCCUCCACCAUCGUGACUGAGUGGGACCUCACUUGUGACCAUCAGUCACAGAAACCAGUGGCUCAGUCCCUAUUCUUGGCUGGAAUGCUGGUGGGAGGCUUCAUAUACGGCCAUCUCUCAGAUAGGUUUGGGCGGAAGUUGAUUCUCAGGUGCUGUUUGCUCCAGCUCGCCAUCUCUGGGACCUGUACAGCCUUUGCUCCCACCUUCCUCAUUUACUGCUCCUUACGCUUCUGGUCAGGCUGUUCUGCUGUGGUCAUCGUGGCAAACAACAUUAUGCUGAUUAUAGAGUGGACAAGAUCCCAGUCAAAAGCCAUGAUAUUAACACUGAUAACCUGUACCUUUAGUAUGGGACAGGUGAUGCUGGGAGGACUGGCUUUCGUUUUUCGAGAGUGGCGCACCCUACAGCUGGUGGUGUCUGUACCUUUCUUUGUCUUCUUUCUCUCCUCAAGGUGGCUGGUGGAAUCUGCUCGGUGGCUGAUUAUCACCAAUAAACCAGAUAAGGGCUUAAAGGAACUUAAGAAAGUUGCACACAGAAAUGGAAUGAAGAAUGCUGAAGCAACCCUGAACAUGGAGGGUUUGAGAGUGACGAUGCAGGAGGAGCUGAAGACAGCACAAAUGAAAACUACUGUGUUUGACUUGUUCCGCACACCCAACCUGCGAAAAAGAAUCUGUCUUCUGUUCUUUGUGAGAUUUGGAACCACAAUACCCUAUUUUGGCAUCUUCAUCAAUCUACAACACUUUGGGAGCAACAUAUUCCUCUUCCAGGUCAUCUUUGGAGCUCUCACUGGCUUAACCCGAUGUCUUAUACCUCCAGUAUUGAAUCACAUGGGCCGUCGACCAACCCAGACGCUUUUCAUGUUCCUGGUGGGACUUUCCAUUUUGGUCAACACGUUUGUGCCCCAAGAAAUGCAGACCGUGCGUGUGACUUUGGCAAGUGUGGGAAUGGGCUGUGUUGCUGCCUCUAACACCAGUAUUUCUGUCCACUUUGUUGAGCUCCUCCCCACUCUUGUCAGAGCAAAAGCUGCAGGCAUAGAUAUGAUGGCUAGUAGGUGUGGGGCAGCACUGGCUCCCCUGCUGAUGACCCUGGUGGUGUAUCUACCCACUCUGCCCUGGAUCAUCUAUGGAGUGUGUCCCAUUAUUGCUAGUCUUCUCGUCUUUCUCCAACCUGAAACCAGACAUCUGCCUCUGCCUGACACCAUCCAGGAUGUAGAAAAUAAGAAACAAUUGUCAAGGAAAGUAAAUGAGGAAGAUUUCUGCAUAAAAGUGACAAAAUUUUAA